AUGUGGGACGGAUGUGAUCAAGCUAACGUGACCGGAGAAGGAGCUGUGAUUUCAUUUCUAGGUGGAAACUAUACAACGUAUCCAGAAAGAUAUGUUUUAUCAUCACCAGCUGCUUCAAGUAAUGUGACUGUGAAAUCUAUGUAUCCAAGACAAUUUUUACCGUUGAAAGUACCAAUACAGGCAAUAACUGGAUCGGCAGAUAUCACAGUACCUGUUAGUCAAACCAUCACUUUUGCUGAACAAGCAAAAAGUGCAGGAGACAAUUGUACUGAAGUGAGUGUUGAAGGCGAAGAUCAUUUUGUUCAUCUUAAUGUCUCCUCGACAGCUUGGGAAAAGACACGAGCCUUUAUUUUAUCGUUCAUUCCAUAG